ACUUACAGCAUAAAUGAUUGGACAUCCUCUCAACGAUGCAUGCUAGUAGCCAAUAGAAUUGUCGGAAACAUAUAUAGUUCUCUACGAGCCACCAUUUUCCUCGUGCGCACGACAGUUGAAAGUUGUAAGACAAUGUCUGAGCCAGAAAAUCCCUCCAGUGAUGCUGUGGAAGAUGUUGAAGAUGAAGAUCAUGGAGAAGAAACAGGUGAAGUGGGAGACAGUCAAGCAAUAGCAAAUCAGCUCAUGAAAAAUCCAGGUGUGUUAGCAGCUCUGCAAGAUAAGCUAUGUUCAAUUGUAGGAUCACCUUCUGGAUAUAUUCAAAGCUUACCCAAGGAGGUGAAGAGACGAAUUAAAGCACUUAAAAAGUUACAGAAUGAAAUCAUACAUAUUGAAUCUGAAUUCUAUAAAGAAGUGAAUGCUUUAGAACUCAAAUAUGCCCCAAAAUACUCUGAGUUAUUUGAGAAGAGAAAAGAAAUCUUGAUAGCAGCUAGAGAACCUACAGAUGAAGACUGUGAUUGGGCUAGUGAAGAAGAAGAUGAUGAGGAUAAAGAUGAAGAUGCCAAAUUGGCUCCCGAUUCUCAACAGGGUGAAUUAAAAGACAAGGUUACUUUGGAAGGCACUAAAGAGGCCGGUGGUGAUAGUGAAGAAAAAAAGCAAGAGUUUGUUAAAGGUAUUCCUAGCUUUUGGCUUACAAUUUUCAAGAAUGUUGAAAUGCUUUCAGAAAUGGUGCAGGAACAUGAUGAGCCUAUUUUGACACAUUUACAGGACAUCAAAGUUGUUAUUCAUGAGAAGGACCCAGUGGGUUUUACAUUAGAAUUUUACUUUGAACCCAACGAGUACUUCACAGACACUGUCCUAACAAAACGGUAUGAAAUGCGAUAUGAUCCAGAUUCUCAAGAUCCAUUCUCUUAUGAAGGACCUGAAAUUAUAAAGUGCUCUGGGUGCACAAUCAAUUGGAACAAAGGCAAAAAUGUCACAGUGAAACAGAUAAAGAAAAAACAGAAACAUAAAGGACGUGGUUUGACUAGGACUGUAACAAAACAAGUUCAAGCAGAUUCUUUCUUUAAUUUCUUCAACCCACCUGCUGUACCUGAUGGAUCUGAAUCUGAGAUGGAUGAAGAGACUGAGGCCUUAUUAGGAGCAGAUUUUGAAAUUGGACAUUUUAUUCGAGAAAGAAUAAUACCAAGAGCAGUUUUAUUUUUUACUGGAGAGGCAAUUGAAACUGAAGAUUAUGAAGAUGAUGAAAAUGAUGAGGGAGAAGAAGAAGAUUAUGAUGAGGAAGCUGAUCCUGAUUUUAAUCCUGAGGCCUCUAACUAAGCGGUUUCCAAGGAUGCUAAGUUAAGGCAUUUUGGCACAGGGCAAGCCAAAUGAAUGUAAACAGCAGUAGAUUUCUUGCUUGAAGUUUCACUGUUUGUGUUGUGAUAGUGAAUGACAGAACAACAUAAUGAAUACUUGCUUCAGUUGCUUUAACUUCAAGAUAACAAAAAUUCAUUAUUUUCACAAUGUUUUUUUUUCUUUGAGGACAUUUUUCAUGAAAAUUUUGCCCCCAAAAAAUUGGAUUAAACACAUAAAACUAAA